UUAGUAGAAAAACUACUUAUAGGUAGAGGAAAGGUACCAAUUAUGGAAUACGUUCCUAAUAUGGAAUACCGGAAUAUUUCUAAAACUAAGCACUACGAAUAUUCCAAACGCAUGUCAUGUUACCCCUCCCGCUACCAGCGCAGCGUUCGACGGGCAGUGCGUGCGGCGUUCGGCGGCACUAGACGCGAAAAAGCUGGCAAAGCUUGCAAAAUUACAUCGUCUCCCUAUAAAGCUCAAUUAGAAGUUAGCUUGUCAAAACAGCAGCACAAGCAGCAAAAACAAAGUAUUCCCGAGCCACAGCCAUCAACGAGCGGAUGUCAGAAAAACAAGCGAAAGAAGAAACCAGUGUUGGGGUCUGAAUCAUCUUCUGAUAAAGAUACCAUAUCUUUAUCUAGUGAAUGUAGUGACGAUAAACCCAUUGUUCUUCAACCUAACGAUCCAAAUGCUGAUGCUGAGUGCAUGUAUUGCUUUUCAGUGAAGACAAAAAGGGAGAAGAGUGGAUUCAGUGCAUUGCCUGUAGACAAUGGAGUCAUGUUGAGUGUUCCGGAGCAGAAUAUCCAGAUUUGA